AUGUCGGUCGAAGCUCGGUUUGGCGAUAUAACUCGGGCUGAUAGUGUGGGGAUACCAUACCUGAGUUCAUACCUUGAUUCAAUUGGAUCCAAUUACCAGCAAGGUGCAAAUUUCGCAACAGGAGGUGCAACCAUCGUCAGGCCUAACGAGACCUGGUUUGCCACCGGUGUCAGCCCAUUCCCCCUUGAAAUCCAAGUUGAGCAUUAUACCCAGCUUAAAGACAGAGCACCUCAUCUCUACAAUCAAAGCAAGGACGAGUGUGUAAGAUACAGACUACCAAAGCCUGAUCUGGAUUUGUCCAAGGCGCUUUUCACAGUGGAUAUAGGCCAAAACGAUGUCGCUUUUGGUAUCCGAACUUUAAGUUAUCAACACCAAAAGGAAGCCAUACCCACAAUCGUUGCUCAGUUUAUCUCACAAAUUCGAGUUUUAUACGAAAGAGGAGCACGAACAUUUUGGAUACACAACACAGGCCCAAUCGGGUGCUUGCCCGUGGCAAUUGCAAAGGUACAGAAGCCUGCGCCGCCAGGGUACCUUGAUGAGUUUGGCUGUGUGAAGACCCAAAACGACGUAGCUUUGCUAUUCAAUAAAGUAUUAAAGGACGAAAUUGUGAAGCUGAGGGCCAAUCUUUCCAAUGCAUCCAUAGUCUAUGUUGAUGUGUAUGCUGCCAAGUAUGAACUAAUCAGCACAGCCAAGGAUCAAGGAUUUGAAGACCCUUUCGCCACAUGCUGCGGCUAUCAUGGGGUCGACUAUGAUGUUUACUGUGGAAACACAGGAAAUGUAAACGGUACUGAAGUAUUUGCAACUUCUUGUCCUAAUCCUUCUGAAGUCAUCAGCUGGGAUGGGGUGCACUAUACUGAAGCUGCCAACAAAUGGAUUGCGGACCGAAUAGUUAACGAGUCUUUAUCCGACCCACCAGUCGCAGUCUCGCGUGCGUGUCAUAAGCAAGCAAGUGUCAGUCGUAUGAAAACGCAAUCAAAUUCUGAUUAG